UUCAAUGUAAUCCAAAAAAACACACACCAAAUGAGACAAAAAGAAAGGUACGAAGGAACUCAGGAAGUAUUCACUUACCUAACUUACGAUCGUGCUGAGAUUAUUAGAAGGGAAUAAACAUCAGAAAAAACGUUUGUUGUCCUCUCGAUCUUCUCUGCCAGAUUUGAGGGAUCCAAUUAAACAAACAAAAAUGGGGGUAAUUUCCGAGAAGAUAGUGGAAGUGAUUUCAAAAUACACAGGGCUAUCACCAAUGUGGUUCAUGAUCAUGGUGGGGUUGACUAUAAUAAGUUACAAGAUAGUUAGCGGCAUGUUUGUGGCGGUGAAUGAUUACAAAGCAGUUGAAAAGAUGAAGGAAAUAUUCGAGGAGGAUAUGAGGAGGGAGGUGGUGGAGCUGGGUCAGCUGACGGAGGAGCAGCUCAAGGAAUACGACGGGUCAGACCCGAAGAAGCCUCUAUUGAUGGCAAUUAAGGGUAAUAUAUAUGAUGUUUCAAGGGGUAGGAUAUUUUACGGGCCUGGCGGGUCAUACGCUAUGUUUGCUGGGAGGGAUGCUACUCGGGCUUUGGCCCUCAUGUCUUUUGAUCCUCAGGAUCUUACUGCCAACACCGACGGUCUCAGUGAAUCUGAGCUUGAUGUUCUUCAAGAUUGGGAGCUUAAGUUUCAAGAGAAAUACCCCAAGGUCGGUGUUCUUGGAGGCCAGCCGCAGCUGCAGGAGGAGGUUGUAGAAACUAAAAAAGCUGUAUAGCUUACUCUUUCUAAUUUCUAAUUUUCUUUGUUUCAUGUUUGAUGAUAUCUCUUAAUGUCAGAGAGGACCUAUUAUUAAUCAAGUAGCUUUUGAUGAUAUAUUGAUCGAA